AUGCCCCUGCAGCCCCGGGAGGACUCGGGGCGCUCUGGGGCUCCCCCCGGCCCCGUGUCCCGGCCGGGAGCUGCGGCUGAGCCCGACCCCGCCCGGCCCCAGCGUGCCCCGUUCCGUGUCCCUCCCUUCGCACACACCCCCCGCCCGGCCCUGGUGGAGCCCCGCGCUGGCCGGAGGCGCGGGGACAGAGCGGUCCCUGGUGUCCCAUCCGAGGUUCCCAUCGCCCUUCACUCGGUGGGUGGUGGGAGAGAGCGGGGGGGGGCCCAGAGCCACCCAGGCCGGCCGGGCUCCCUCCCGGCACUGCUGAGUCGGAAGAAACGGGGGAGCCGGGUCUGGAACCAGCCUGACCGGCUCCCCGGCUGUCAGCACCUGAGGAAUGCCAAACCUCCGCUGCGCCAGGGCUGGGUGCUCAGGGCUGGGUGCUCAGGCUGGGUGCUGUGCGAGCACGGUGAUUUCCGAGGGCGGCAGUGGCUGCUGGACUGCACUGAGAUCACCAACUGGCUGACCUACAGCGGGCUCCAGCACGUGGGGUCCCUCUACCCCAUCCGCCAGAGACGGGUCUAUUUCCGCCUCAGGAGCAGGGAGCUGCAGCUCUUCCUCUCCGUCCCCGACGACGUGGAGGACAUGAAGGCGGGGCGGGUGGUGGUCUCCAGCCUGAGCGAGCAGAGCAGCUCCGUCUGGUACUACGAGGACGGGCUGAUCAAAAACCAGGUGGCCCCCACCAUGAGCCUGCAGGUGAUCGGGCCGGCCGGAAAGGGCGCCAAGGCCGUGCUCUGGUCCGAGACGCGGCUGCCACGGCAGACCUGGAGCGUGGACACCCGGGGACGCAUCCACAGCCAGAUGUUCGAGGACAUGAUCCUCGACAUCAAGGGCGGCCGCAGCUACGACCGGGACCACGCCAUCGUCUGGGACAUGUCUGAGGAGCGACCCACGCAGGUCUGGGACAUCCAGGUGCUGUGAGGGGCAGAGGUGCCAUGGGCAGGAUGGGGACACCCUGCCGGCGUCCCCACACUGGGGCAGGAGGCCUCAGACCCAGCCACGCUGCAUCCCAAGCUGGUGUGGAGGAUGACCACCAACCUCUCCAUCACGGGGACCACCCCACCUCCCUCCAAGGAGGCCUGAACACGGUCCAUGAAGGAUCCCAUGGACACUGCCAGGGGAGAGCAGCAGGGCCCCUCCCCACAGGUGUUUCUUCCCCCGAACUGUAUUUAUGUACGUGUGUAAGAUACAGCCCAGCUUGUCUGGGCCAGCCCUGCCAGGCC